AUGUCGAACUCUGAUCAUAAACGUCAAAAAUUGAGAGUUUUAUUGGACGACCCAUAUCUCGAAAACUUUAGCAGUCAUAUAAAAUCCCGAUACGAACACUACCUAUCCAAAAAACAAGAAAUCGAAAAUACUGAGGGAUCUCUUUUGCAAUUCGCCUUAGGUUACAAUAUUUUCGGAAUCCACAAAACCCCUACAGGAAUCAUGUAUAAAGAAUGAGCUCCAGAUGCCGUUCUAGUCUGUCUAUUUGGAGAUUUCAAUAAUUGGCAACGAAAUCAAUAUAUAGGAAAACGUGAUCAAUAUGGUGUAUGGACUAUUUUUAUUCCCAACGAAAAUAAUCAUUGUCCUAUGCAUGGCCAGAAAUUAAAAGCUGGGCUGAAAUUGAAAGACGGUAAAUGGGUAGAUAGAAUUCCUGCCUGGGCAACUUAUUGUGUUCAAGACGAAGCUUCUAAAGGUUUUGAUGCUGUCUUUUGGGAUCCUGAUGAGCCUUAUAAAUGGCAACAUCCCCGACCAGAAACAUUAAGAGCUUUAAAAAUCUAUGAAGCUCAUAUAGGAAUGAGCUCUGAGCAUGGAAUUAUAAAUACUUACAAUGAUUUCACUGAAAAUGUGCUACCAAAAAUAGUGGAAACUGGGUAUAAUGCAAUACAACUUAUGGCAAUUAUGGAGCAUUCUUAUUAUGGGAGUUUUGGAUACCAUGUGACGAAUUUUUUUGCAGUCAGCAGUCGAUAUGGAACCCCAGAUGAGCUAAAACGCUUGGUAGAUACAGCACAUUCAUAUGGAGUUUAUGUAUUUUUGGAUUUAAUACAUAGCCAUGCUAGUUCAAAUGUUUUGGAUGGUAUAAAUCGAUUUGAUGGGUCAGACCAUUACUAUUUUCAUGCAGGAAGAAAAGGGAGACAUGAACUGUGGGAUUCAAGAUUAUUUAAUUAUAAAAACUGGGAAACCUUAAUCCACUUUUAAGAUUAGCAACACUUUUCUGCUCUCUAUUAAAAGGAGAUUAGUUUUUUUUAAUUUUUGUGUUAGUAAAGAAAAUCUCAUUUAAUUUAUAUAAAAUAUUUUAAUAAAACAAUUUAUAUAAAAAAUAUUUUUGAUCUCUCGUAAAAGAGUUUAAUUUCUAAAAAUUGGCAUUGCUCCAAUCUAUUGUCACUCUUAAAGGAGCGAAUUAAGAUUUUUAUUAUCCAAUCUUCGAUGGUAUAUAGAUGAAUAUCAUUUUGAUGGUUUCAGAUUUGAUGGAGUUACUUCAAUGCUCUAUAAACAUCAUGGGAUAAGAUUUUCUUUUUCAGGCGACUAUCAUGAAUAUUUCAAUGAAAACAUGGUUGACGCUGAUGCUCAUACAUAUAAAUGCUAAUAAGAUUAGGCUUGUUCAAGCCCAGAUUCUUGUGGUCUUGGCUUGAAUGACAGCUCUAAAUAGUAGGUAAGACUGCCUAGCUGUCAAACUAUCCAUGUUCCCAAGUCCCUUAGGACCUCUCUGCCCACACCAGCCUCAGUUUGGAUCACUUCUCUUGACGCUAAAACUUCAAAAAGGUGUAAAUUUCUCUCAUCGAGUUCAGCUGUAGGACCUUGGAUCUCCCUAACUGCCAUUUAAAUUUGUGCUCAUAAAUAUAGGCAAUGCCUUUGAGUAGCGCGCUAGCGCCCGAGGCUUCCCGACGAAGUCUGGACGGUGAUUUGACCAACAUCAGCUGGUCAAACCACCGCCCAGACUUCGUCGGGAAGCCUCGGGCGCUAGCGCACUACUGAAAGGCAUUGCCUAUAUAUUAUGCUUGCCAAUGACUUAAUUCACAAGCUAAAUCCGAACGCAAUUACUAUAGCAGAAGAUGUGUCAGGGAUGCCUACACUUGGAAGACCAAUCCCAGAUGGAGGGUUUGGGUUUGAUUACAGACUUAAUAUGUCAGUACCUGAUAAAUGGAUAAAAUUAUUAAAAGAAGAAAAAGACGAUCACUGAAAUAUGGGAGACAUAGUAUUUACUCUCACAAAUAGAAGGUGGAAUGAAAAAUGUAUCGCUUAUGCUGAAAGCCAUGACCAAAGUAUCGUAGGGGAUAACACAAUUGCUAUGAAGCUAUUUGGACCUGAGAUUUAUACAAAUAUGUCAAUAGAAACUGAAUAUACGCUUGGAAUUGAUAGAGGAAUUGCUCUUCAUAAAUUAAUUAGGCUUAUAACUCACGCGAUGGGAGGAGAAGGAUAUUUAAAUUUUAUGGGGAAUGAGUUUGGACAUCCUGAAUGGGUUGAUUUUCCAAGAGAAGGAAAUGGAUGGUCUUACCAUUACUGCCGCCGACAAUGACAUUUGAGAGACGACCCUCAUCUUUAUUAUCAUUAUUUAUGGGAAUUCGACCGUGCUAUGAAUUUCUUACUCCCUUUUAAGUGUGAGUAUAUUUUUUAGAUUUUAAAAAAUCCCGAUUUGUGACUGUUUAAAAAGAAAAUCUAAAAUAAUUUAAUUUCUAUAAAAAUUUUAUAUUUAAAAAUUUAUCUUUUUUCUGCUCGCAAAGUGUGCUUAAUUUAAUCUUAAAGGAGGGAGCUAGAAGAAGAAGUUCAUUGGCUUACUUCUGAUGAGCAGUACUAUACUGUUCAUGAAAAAGACAAAAUCAUCACUUUUGAGCGAGGAAGCAGGCUUUUUGUAUUCAAUUUUCAUCCUACACACAGUUUUGAGCAUUAUAGAAUUGGAACUAAAUGGCCAUAUGAGCAUAUAAUUGAAAUGGAUACUGAUGAAAGAAAGUUUUAUGGUCAUGGAAGGCUUCAACAUGGACAUGAAAAUCCUUUCCCUAUUAUGAAGACUUCUUGGAACGGCAGACCAAAUUAUAUCCAGAUGUACUUACCGAGCAGAACUGGUAUUGUUGUAAAACCCUUAAUAAAUGAUGAAGAAAGGUUUAAAUAUGGACUAAAAACUGUGCAAGAGCUAAAAGAAAUUGAAGCUAAAAAUGAAAAAGAGAGGAGCUAUGAAGCGUUAGUAACGGCAACUGUCGAUAUCUUAAUUUUAGAUGAAAAAGAAGAAAAAAUCAGAAUUAAAACAAAAGAAAUCGAGCCAAAAGAGAAAGCUGAGACUUUAUAA